CGGGUAUUUUUGGUCAUAAUAAAUAAGUCAUCUGUUUCGAUAUAAAGGUUGCGACUCAACCCAAAACGUUACAUUCUCUAAAAUAGUCAACGUAGAAAGAUCAUCUAAGAUGAAACUGCUUAUUGUUUUGUGCAUCGUGGUAGCAGCCGUGUCUGGGGCGGCGGUGCCAUCCUAUGUCCAAUACCCAUCAGAAAAUGUGCAGGUUCUGCGAUAUGACAAUGACAACAUUGGUCUUGGAAACUAUCGUUUCGCAUACGAGCAAUCUGACGGAACAAAACAAGAACAGCAAGGUGAUAUCAUCAACGAAGGUCGCGAAGACGAGUCUAUCGCUGUCAGGGGUUCUUUCUCAUGGGUAGGACCUGAUGGUAUCACGUACAAAGUGACCUACGUCGCUGACUCUAACGGCUACCAACCUGAAAUUGAAGAAGGCCCCGGAGGAGCAGUCCCCCCAGCAGUUGUCGCCUCUCUUCUUGGUUAAACAUUUGAAUGAGCUUUUCCCGCCUAGUCCACGUAUUUUAAUAAAGUU